AUGGAAGAGAAGAAAAAGAAAGGAUCCUGGGAGCCACAGAGCUUACGAACUGCUAUUGAUAAGGUUAUGUCAAAAGAACUGAGUGUAAGACAAGCUGCAAUGCAAUACAAUAUUCCUAAAAGCACUAUUCAUGAUAAAAUAAAGGCUCUAAAUCGAGGAGAAGAAGUAACAAUGAAACCAAAGUUAGGUAAGUUCACUAGCACCUUCUCAGCAGAGUAUGAACAAGUCUUGGUGGACCACAUAAAAGAUUUAUCGAAUAGAUGCAUGCCGCUCAUGAAAAAGGAGUUUCUAAAAUUAGCAUACGACUUAGCUGAAGUCAUGAAGAUUCCUCAUCGAUUUAAUAAAGAAAAAGGCAGUGCUGAUGGCCAUUGCAGCCACAAGACAUUGGCGGUAAUCAGUUUUUGCAGAGAAAAUCAUAUUCACUUGAUGAGUUCACCACCACACACUACGCACAAGCUCCAGCCUCUGGACAGGACAUUUAUGAAGCCAUUUAAAGAUGCAUACAGCCAACGAUGCGACUUGUGGAUGAGAACAAAUGCUGGAUGUCGGAUAACGGAUUACGACAUUGCUGGUUUGGUCAAAGAAGCAUUUAUAAAAGUAGCUCGAUUGGAUAUUGCAGUAUCUGGAUUCAAAUGCACUGGAAUCCAUCCACUUGACAGACAUUUAUUUUCUGACCUAGAUUAUUUGGCUGCAGAUAUGACCAAUAUACCACUAGAACAAACAGAAACUUCAUCGAACCCACUAAACAACGAACAAGCUGUCGUGAUAUCAAACUCAAUCAUAGAAGAGCAAAUAAAAGAAUCCGAACAAUCUAUUAGUGAGCCUAUAACCACAAGUCCCAAACCGUCGACAAGUUCUGCUCCCGAUCUUGUUCAGAUAAUCCAUAACUUAUCACCGUUGCCUGACGCAGCAAAAAAACGAACAGCAGCUCGAAAAAGAAAGAGUGAACGAAGUGAAAUUUUAACUUCAUCGCCAUACAAAAAAGUGGUAGAAGAAAAAGAAAAUGAAAAGAACAUGAAAGAUAAAAAGAAGGAAAUAAAAUCUAAGUUUGAAGUAGCAAUGAGAGGUAAAGGAAAGCAAACCAAAGGAAUUAAAACCAAAGGAAAGAGCGUAGACAAGGGAAAAGAAGCGACAAACGUGAAACCUAAAGGAAAGAAAGGAAGUGAAGUAGAACCAUUAACUGAAACAUCUAACACAAACAUAACAAUUUGCGUAGUUUGCUUAGAAGACACUGACGAAGACUGGAUCCAGUGCUCAUCCUGUCGUGGAUGGAUACAUGAAGCAUGUGCAGACAUUCCAGAGUGUGGAGAUGACUAUAUAUGUGAUCGAUGCAGGUUAUUUUGA